AUGUCAAAAUCAGAAGAUCAUUUAAAUAUCGACAUACCAACUCAUCAAGUUCCAUCGCGCCUCUUACCUGCUCAUCCAAAACCUCAUAUCGACAGCUUUGAAAAUUAUAAGCAACUUUAUAAUGAAAGCAUUACUAAACCUGACCUUGCUAAUGAAUUGCUUUAUUGGCAUAAACCAUUUGAAACUGUUGUUUCCGGAGGUUUUGAACAUGGCGAUGUCGCUUGGUUUCCUGAAGGUGAAUUGAAUGCCUCUUACAAUUGUGUUGAUAGACACGCUUUAAAGAACCCUAAUAAGGUUGCUCUUAUUUAUGAAGCCGAUGAAGCAUCUGACUCACGUAAAGUCACUUAUGGUGAAUUGUUUCAUGAAGUUAGCAGAUUGGCUUUAACUUUGAAAUCAUAUGGUUUGAAAAAAGGUCAUGACCUAUCAAGUUUAAGAAUUAUUGGAUCAGUUGGUGAACCUAUUAAUCCUGAAGCAUGGGAAUGGUAUUAUGAGGUUGUUGGUAAAAAACAAUGUUCAGUAGUUGAUACUUAUUGGCAAACUGAAACCGGUUCGAUAAUAAUUACACCACUACCUGGUUGUACACCAACCAAACCUGGUUCUGCAACAUUCCCAUUCUUUGGUAUUGAACCUGCUAUACUGGAUCCUGAAAAUGGCAAAGAACUUAAGGGUAAUUGUGUGGAAGGUGUAUUAGCAAUCAAAAAACCAUGGCCAUCAAUGGCCCGUACAGUUUAUAAGAAUCAUAAUAGAUAUUUAGAUGUUUAUUUAAAACCAUACAAAGGUUAUUAUUUCACCGGUGACGGUGUUGGUGUAGAUAAGGAUGGAUAUCUGUGGAUUAGGGGUCGUGUAGAUGAUGUAAUCAACGUUUCAGGUCAUAGAUUAUCAACUUCAGAAAUCGAAUCAGCUUUGAUCAUUCAUCCAGGUGUAGCAGAGACAGCCGUUAUUGGUGUUCAUGAUGAUUUAACAGGCCAAUCUGUAAAUGCUUUUGUUAUUUUGAAAUCAGAUAAGGAAUCAUUAUCCACAGACACCAAAGAUUUAAUCACACAAGUCCGUAAAGUAAUUGGUCCAUUCGCUACGCCAAAGAAAAUAUAUAUUGUAAAUGAUUUACCUAAAACUAGAAGCGGGAAAAUUAUGCGCAGAGUUUUGCGUAAAAUUGUUGAUAACAAAGUUGAAAAGUUGAGCGGUGAAAAGUUGCGUGAAAAGUUGGGUGAUUUAAGUUCUUUGGCUGAUCCAAUAGUUGGGGGAGGUCAUGCUGGUUGCGAAGCUUCGGCUGCUGCUGCACGUACAGGAGCAAAGACAUUGUUGGUGACACAAGUACUCGAUACAAUUGGUGAAAUGUCAUGUAAUCCAUCAUUUGGUGGAAUUGGAAAAGGUGUUUUGGUUAGGGAGAUUGACGCAUUGGAUGGAUUGUGUGGUAAAAUAUCUGAUUUAUCAGGAAUUCAAUUUCAAAUUUUGAAUAGAUCAAAAGGACCUGCAGUACAAGGUCCUAGAGCACAAAUGGAUAGGAAGUUAUAUAAAAAAAACAUGCAAGAAUGUAUAUUUAAUUAUCCUAAUUUAAAAGUAUUAUCUGCUAGUGUUUAUGAUCUUGUUAUUUUUUAUGACAAAGAACAAAAAUCAGGUGAGAUUAUAAACGCACAUAAAGUUAUAAUUACAACAGGAACUUUUCUUCAAGGAGAAAUCCAUAUCGGUAAGACAGCAUAUCCAGCUGGAAGGUAUAAUGAAGCACCGUCUCUUGGGCUUUCAAAAACAUUAGAACUUGCAGGGUUUAAACUUGGCCGUCUUAAAACAGAUUAUAAAAAUUUAAACCCUCAAUAUGGAGAUGUCCCUGCCACGCCAUUUUCAUAUAUUCACACUUCUGUACCUCAUGAGAAAAAUCAAAUUGUUUGUCAUCAGACAAAGACAAACCUAGAAACACACAAAAUAAUUAAUGACAACCUUUCAGAAACAAUUCAUAUAAGAGAGACGGUGAAAGGUCCUAGGUAUUGUCCUUCCAUAGAAUCAAAAGUAAUAAGAUUUAAAGAAAAACAAGCACAUAUGAUUUGGCUUGAACCCGAAGGUCUUGAUACGUAUGUUGUUUAUCCUAAUGGAAUAUCGGUAACUUUACCAGAAAAUAUUCAACAUGAAAUGCUUAGAACUAUUAAUGGAUUAGAAAAUGUGAAAAUGAUAAGACCUGGAUAUGGAGUGGAAUAUGACCAUGUAGAUCCUAGAGAAUUGAAACCUACAUUAGAAACUAAUCGUAUAAAAGGAUUAUAUUUAGCGGGGCAAAUAAAUGGUACUACUGGAUAUGAAGAAGCAGCAGCACAGGGCAUUAUUGCCGGAUUAAAUGCAGGCUGUUCAGUUAAAAAUCGUCCAGAAUUUAUUUUAGAUAGAUCCGAUGCAUAUAUAGGAGUGCUAAUAGAUGAUUUGAUAACAAGAGGUGUAGAAGAACCUUAUAGGAUUUUCACUGCAAGAUCAGAAUAUCGUUUGUCAUUAAGAGCUGAUAAUGCUGACAUGAGAUUAACGCGUAAAGACUCACCUCCAGGGUAUAUUUGUCAAAUAUCUCAUUCUAAAACGUUGACUAUUCCAUCAACUGUCACUGAAUUUGGUACAAGAGCUCUUCCAGUGAUCAUGCUUGCAUGGAAAGCAAAGGAAAUCAAUGAUGCAAAUGAUGAUGAGGAACUUCAAAGAUCAUAUGAUAACAAUUCGUGCAUUAUACAUCAUCAUCAACAAUUUAUCUCCCAACUUGUUUCGAUACUCCAAGCAAAAAGAUUUUGA